AAAUGAAUAGCGUUUAGGAUUUACCCAUGCUGACUAGCCAUGUUUAGCAAGCGUUUCGUAAGUAGCCUGUCCAAACUGUCUAAAGGUUGUAUUAGUAGCAAUAAAAGUCUUAGUGCGGAGUGGAAAUAGAUAGCUGGUUAAAAUAAACAGCGACAGAAACCUAAGAGUUCACGUUCAGGUGUGUGUUAGACAGCGUUAGGGAUGAAUGAGGAAAACUUCAGUGUGAGUGAGAAGCUGGUGUCCGCUUCCUAUGUGCGGCAGGGUGUGCAGGCUCGCCGCGGUCAUGAGCAACUCAUCAGGACUCUGCUAGAGCAGGGCAAGUGUCCAGAGGAGGGAUGGAGUGAAAGCACCAUAGAGCUCUUUCUGAACGAGCUCGCCGUCAUGGACAGUAAUAAUUUCUUAGGGAACUGUGGAGUUGGAGAGAGAGAGGGCCGAGUAGCUUCUGACUUGGUGGCCCGAAGACAUUACAGACUGAUCCACGGCAUCGGCCGCUCUGGUGAUAUCGCCGCCGUUCAGCCGAAGGCCGCUGGCUCUAGUCUCCUCAACAAGAUAACCAAUUCAGUUGUCCUAGAUGUUCUCAGAUUUAGCGGUGUUAGAAGUGUGUCAUCAUGCUUUGUGGUGCCCAUGGCUACUGGAAUGAGCUUGACCUUGUGUUUCCUGACACUGCGACACAGGAGGCCGUCAGCACGCUACAUUCUUUGGCCACGUAUUGACCAGAAGUCCUGUUUCAAAUCCAUGGUCACUGCUGGGUUUGAGCCGGUGGUCAUUGAAAAUGUUCUGGAAGGAGAUGAGCUGAGGACAGACCUGCAGGCUGUGGAGAAGAAGAUUGAAGAGCUUGGAGCUGAGAAUAUCCUCUGUGUUCAUUCCACCACUUCCUGUUUUGCGCCACGCGUCCCUGACAGGUUGGAAGAGCUCGCUGUUAUGUGUGCCAAAUAUAGCAUCCCUCAUAUAGUCAACAAUGCCUAUGGAGUGCAGUCAUCUAAAUGCAUGCACCUCAUACAGCAGGGUGCACGAGUGGGCAGAAUUGAUGCCUUUGUUCAGAGCUUGGACAAAAAUUUCAUGGUUCCUGUUGGAGGUGCCAUUAUUGCAGGCUUUGACGAAGACUUCAUUAAAGAGAUCAGUAAAAUGUACCCUGGUCGUGCAUCAGCUUCCCCAUCUCUGGAUGUACUCAUCACUCUGCUCAGCCUCGGGGCCAGAGGUUAUAAGAAGCUCUUGGCUGAGAGAAAGGAGCUGUACACCCACCUGGCUCAGGAGCUGAAGACACUGGCUGAUAGACAUGGAGAGAGACUGCUGAACACACCACAUAAUCCCAUAUCACUGGCUAUGUCCCUGGAUGGACUUCAGGCUAACUGUGAUAAAGCCGUUACCCAGCUGGGCUCCAUGCUCUUCACCAGGCAGGUGUCGGGAGCCAGGGUUGUGCCACUGGGAGCUGAACAAACUGUGAGCGGACACACAUUCCGUGGCUUCAUGUCACAUUCGGAUGCCUACCCAUGCCCAUACCUUAAUGCUGCUUCUGCUAUCGGCAUCACCAAAAAAGAUGUGGAGCUCUCCAUCAAAAGGCUGGACAAAUGCCUCAAGGGUCUUAAGAAAGACACAAAGGGAGAGAAGUCUGAGUCAGAGUCCUCGCCUUCAGGUCCUGAUGACCAAACUGUUCCCUGAACCAAAUACUGCCUUAAAAAAAAUUCUGUGAGAUCUGCAUUGCACUUCUUCUCUGGACAAAGCUUAAUAAAAGAGACAGUUAAGUUUCCUGUUUUGUAUUAAAACCGGAAAAAAGUGUCA